AUGGUUGAGCUUUUGGCUGUGAUACUAACUCUCUUCUCAGGCCUUGCCUUUGUGUAUCUUCUCAAAUAUGUUACCAAAAGUAAACAAGAUUUCCCACAAAAACUGCCCCCUGGAAGCAUGGGGUGGCCCUUUUUGGGGGAGACACACGGCUUUCUCAAGUCUCAUAGAUCAAACUCCUUGGGAAGCUUCUUACAAGAACAUUGCUCUAGGUACGGGAAAGUGUUCAAGUCGCAUCUGUUUGGUUCUCCCGCCAUAGUUUCAUGUGACUUUGAGUUCAACAUGUAUGUUCUUCAGAAUGAAAGGAAGUUACUCCCUGUUGAUUACCCCAAGGUGAUGCAUAACAUCCUGGGGAAGUUCUCUCUCAUUCUUGUCAAAGGAGACCUUCACAGGAAGCUAAGAAGUACCGUUAUUAGUUUUGUCAGUGCAACAAAGUACGAAACCCAAUUUCAUCGCUGUGUGGAAAUGCUUGUACUUUCAAGGAUUAAUUCUUGGGAUACAAACUCCAAACAAGUUGCUUUCUAUAAAGAAGCUAAAAGGUUUACGAUCAAUGUUAUGAUGAAACACCUACUAGACAUUAAUCCUUAUGACACAGUAGCCUCCAAGAUUCUUGAAAACUUUGAGAACUACAUCAAAGGAUUUAUUUCAUUGCCGAUAAAUAUACCCGGGACUGCAUAUUUCAAAGCUUUGCAGGCUAGAAUAAGACUUACGGCCAUUAUCAAAGGUAUUAUAGUUGAGAGACGAAAAUGUAAUCAUGUGAGGCCUGCGCAAGGAGGGGACCUCUUGAAUGUGAUCUUGUCAAAGGAUAAUCUAAGUACUGAAGAGAUGGUGAGCCUUGUGUUAGACCUCUUGUUUGGAGGUUAUGAGACAACUGCAAAACUUUUAUCCUUGAUUGUCUAUUUCCUUGGUGGAGCCUCUAAUGCUUUACAAAGGUUGAAGGAAGAACAUCAAGAGAUAAGGAAAAGAAAAAAGGAAGGGGAACCACUUAACUGGGAUGAUUAUAAGCAAAUGGAGUUCACUCAAAAUGUGAUAAACGAAGCCAUGAGAUGUGGUAAUGUAGUCAAAUUUUUGCACAGGAAAGCCGUUGAAGAUGUCAAAUUCAAAGAUUAUGUGAUACCCGCAGGAUGGAAGGUUCUUCCUGUCUUGUCUUCUGGACAUUUGGAUCCCACCCUUUUUGAAAAUCCUUUGGAGUUCGAUCCCUUUCGGUGGGAUGACAAUUCGACAAGCAAGCAAGUGGCACCAUUUGGUGGGGGUCCACGAUUCUGUCCAGGGGCUGAUCUUGCAAAAUUGGAGACAGCAUUCUUCCUCCAUCAUCUUGUCCUUAAUUAUAGAUGGAAAAUCAAGGGUGAUGAUCCCCCACUUGCUUUACCGUAUGUGGAAUUCACAGGAGGGCUGCUAUUGGAUCUUGAACCCACAGGCUGA